AUGUUGCGUCGGCUCCUCUUUACAAUUCCCACUGCGAUUGCUAUUCUCGCCAUUGUGCUGUAUCCAAAGCUUAGCCCAACAGCUGAAACAGCUGAACCAAUCGUGAGAGUCCACGGUCGGAAAAACACGGUGCUAUUCCUGACGACCGAAGCCACUGGCCUGUCCAACGUCCAUCUUUCAGCCGCUUCGGCGUUGCUUGAGCACUACCCCGAUGUUGAGGUGCACUACGCAUCCUUCCCCAAACUGGCUUCAAGAAUCUCGCGAAUUUCAGCUGCCGCAAUAGCAUCAAACCCCUCAGCAAAGCCAAUCCAAUGGCAUGAAAUACCAGGGCCGACAUUUCUAUCCGAGUUUGAGAAGCACUUCGGCGAUGUCGAAGGCAUGAUCAUCGGAGUGGGCACCACCGACUGGGCCAAGAAGAUGCGGGAUCUUGUCUUCAGCCUGGCGCCUUGGGACGCCGAAGACCACUGGGAGAUGUACACGGCCCUCACUUCCCUGAUAAACGACAUUGAUCCCGCAAUCGUUGUUCUCGACAACAUGCUGGCCCCGGCCACGGACCUCGCGGCACAUUCGGACCGACGGUUUCUCAGCCUUGUCCCGAACGGCCUUUUGGAGCUCAUUGUGGCUGAACAGCCUCGAGGCGCUGUGGCUUGGAAGUAUCCUGCAGCCUUCUCGGGAUAUCAGUUUCCGCUCUCUUGGAAACAGGUGGCCGCCAAUGUACUCCUCACGAUUCGCCUUGGGUAUGAUCUUGUAAACUCCCCUGUUCUCGCCGCCAAACGGGCCUUCCUUGUUGAGAAAGGGAUAGAGAAGCCCAUUGAGCUCACCUUCGUGAUCAAGGAUGUCCCUGUUAUUGCAUCGACAUUCAAGGAAGCCAACUUCCCCAUGGAAUUUUACCCACCAUAUCUCAAAUUUUGCGGUCACGUUGCCAUGAGCUCAAUUUCGGCUGCAGACCAAGACCCCGAGAUGGUUUCUUGGUUGGCACAAAGGCCUACGAUUCUAAUCAACUUGGGCAGUUUGUUCGCUUAUAAUCAGCGGAGGGCACAAGCUAUGGCCGAUGCUCUUGCGACGUUAUUGAAAGAGACGGACUUUCAAGUUCUGUGGAAGUUCAAGAAGCUUGGCGACUAUGGCGACGAAGUAUUCGCAGGUAUUCAAAAGGAUAUAGACAGCCGACGGAUCCGGAUCGAGACCUGGCUGGAGACAGAACCAGCCGCUCUUCUUGAGACAGGCCACAUAGUCCUGGAGGUGCACCAUGGUGGAGCCAACACUUAUCACGAAGCCAUACUCGCCGGUGUUCCACAGAUGAUUCUGCCCCUGUGGUUCGAUCUCUUCAACUUUGCCAACAUGGCUGAGUAUCUAGGUAUUGGCAUCUGGGCUGGCAGGAGCACCACUCCAGAAUGGGUCCCCGAGACGUUGGUGGAGGGCUUCCGUACUGCUUUGGUCGGUCCAUCGAGUGUUUCACUGAGAGAAAAGGCGCAAAAGCUUGGUGAGGUAGCGCGCCAGUAUGAUGGGAGGAAGAUUGCCGCUGACGAAAUAGCGAGACUGGCCGCCAUAGGCAAGGAGGCUACAGAGUGA